AUGGAGGGGUACUUAGCGGAUGCUGUGGCGGAAGCCAUCGAGCCUGUCCAACAUCUGGAGAAGGAAUGGGAGCCAGCCAAGCUUUGCAAGCGACUUCGCGAGUAUUUCAAGAAAGCGGCGAAGUCUUUGGAAUUCAAAGACAAGGGGAGGUCAUGGACGGGACUAGUCAAUGACUUUGCAGAUUCCGCAUUCUCUUCGAUUUUCCAAGCCAUUGGUGAUCGGCAGUGGUUGGACCAGGUCGAUUUCAUUUUCGUAUUGGAUGCUGGGAUCAAGGAGUUCUUUCCAAGACAUGUGCUCGACGAUGUGCCACAAGCGGAGCUGGAGCGCUCGGUGUUGGCUGCGCAUGACCGGGCCUUCGAGGAGCAGAGAUACCUGCCAAAGCUGUAUGACUUUCUCGAGUCGAUGGGCUUGACUGGCAAGACGCGGAAGAAGGCCUAUGACAGCGUUGAUGAAGGUCGCAAGGUCGCUCUGAGAUACAUGCGAGAUCCGUCAGCUCCUGAUGAGGUCAAGGCAUUCGUGUCACGCUGGGUAGACGCCACCGUGAAGAACUUGCACAGAUUCACUCAGGGUGAUCCUGCAAGUGUCUUGGAUGAGGGCCAGGCGGCUCAGAUUUUUGAGCAGCUCCUGAAGGAUGGUGAUUUGUUGACUGAAGCGUAG